AUGAAUGAUAAUUCUAUAAUUUAUGGUAAUAAUUAGAUAAUUAAGAUUAAAAAGAAUCUUUUUGUAUUUUUCCACAGAAAAAUCUUCUCUAUUCUCCUGCAAUAUGGGUAAAUUAUUUUUCCAUGUUAGAAUUUUUUUUUUUACAUUUAACCAAAGGGAAGCCUUAGCAAUGGAUCCAAUAAAAUGCGCAUAACAACAGAGUUAAAUUUCCAAUAGAGCUCUGGUAAUCGCUGUUAUAAAAUUAGGUUCUCUAAGUGGAUUUUGGCAAGAAAGGAUAGAAAAUCAUUAAAAAAAUGAUAGGCAUGAAACAAAAAGGUUAAAUUAUUUAUUGAAAAUAGGUGUUAUUUUUGCUAUAAUAGAAAUAAAGACAAUAAUCAGGAUUAAACAGCUGUGUUAGACAUUUUUCUUAUAUUAUUAUUUAUUUAGUGUAUGA